ACCACAGGACACAUUGCAGCACGGGUUAGCACAGCUCCAACUUAGCACACCCCCCCCCCCGUCUCGCAGUCUCUUCUCUCUCUCUCUCUGUCGCCUACCGCCGCUCCCCGUCUGAGCUUCUAUUUUAGUUUCCCUCUCUCGCUGUCAACGACCCUCGCUGCCAAGAGCAGACGAGAGCGGCAGCAGCAGCAGCAGCAACAACAACAACAACAGCGAGAACAAGAACCUGAAUAGAACGCACUGUUGAGUGUUCAACCCGUGAGCUUGAGAAUCGGCAGCGAGAAGGAAGAGCGACCAGAGCAAGGACGGCAAUAAGCCGGCAGCCAACACUUCGUGCUCUCUGGACGCUGAGAGCUGUUCAACUUGGGAAGCUGCUGUUGCCGGUGCUGCCUGUCUGCCUGCUUGCUUGCUGCUGCUCCGUCUAAAAUAACUUUGUGUUCAACUGGUCGAGUGUUCUUCACCAACGCGACUGAACCUCACCCGGAGAGCAAUCGUAUCGUUUACAUGUUGCCUUAAAGCAACGGCGACAUCCGCGCUGUAGAUGUUAAUUUCCCACGUAUUUUGUUGUACUAUAUUCUCCGCAGGAUAAAAAAAGCCUUACGGAGUUAUUUUCAGAAGUGUCCCGUGUGGGAUUCCAGCUUUGGUAACUUUUUUUUUUAGUUUAGUGCGCUCAUUCUAAAACUCCGACGAAAUCUCUCCAACCCAUGGAGCUGGGCGGCGACCAUCAACUGGGCCCUAUGGGGCAGCAGGUCCUUCACGUGCGCGGGGACUCUGAGACGGACCUCGAGACGCUCUUCAACACCGUGAUGAACCCCCAGGUGAGCGCAGUGGCCAGGCCCUGCCAGGGAGGCGCGCUGCCCUGGCGCUACAGGAAACUCCCUCCGUCCUUCUUCAGGGAGCCCGACUCUGGCUCGCACUCGAGACAGUCGAGCGCCGACUCCACGUCUCCGUGCGGCGGCGGACAUAACGCGGGUCCGCCGCCGCCGCCGCCGCCGAUCCAAUCCUCCUCGCUCCCUCCCGGGAUUGUCCCACAGCACAGCCGCUCCCACUCCUCUCCGGCGAAUCUGCAGCAGAUUCAGGGAGGACUCGGAGGAUUUGGACCUUUUCAGCAGCAGCAGCAGCAGCAUCAUCAGCAGCAGCAGCAUCACUUGCAGCAUCAGCACCUUCAUCAGCAGCAGCAUGGGAGACAGCUGUCUUGCAGUGAGCUUCAGCAAGCGACGCUUGCAGUUGCGGAACCUCCAUUGCCUCCAGGCUGGGAGGUCGCCACCACUCCCUCCGGCCAGCGCUACUACAUCAACCACAACAAUCAGACGACCACGUGGCAGGACCCGCGGAAGACGAUGAGCCACGCAAGCCUGAUCUCGCCGCCGACGCGCACCGCCGUGACCAGCGGCCAGACCCGGCACGGCGUCCACGUUCUGGGGUCCUUUCCGGACGGCUGGGAGGAGGCGGUGAACCAGAAGGGAGAGAUGUACUUCAUCAACCACAAGACUAAAACCACCUCGUGGAUGGACCCACGUCUCGAUUCUCGAGCCGCCAUUCCGCAGUCGCCCGUGCCCCCCAUGCCAGCCCAGAACGUCGUGCAGCAGUCUCAAAGUGGCCCCGUACCGAGCCUGCACGCAAUGAACGCGGCCGCGUGUGCCCUGGUGUCACCACAACAGCAGCAGCAGCAGCAACAGCAGCAGCAGCAGAAGCUACAGCUGCGGAGGGUGUUGAUGGAAAAGGAGAAGCUGUGGCAUCGUCACCAAGAACUCAUGCAGCAGGAGCUGAUGAUCCGCGAGGGGGUUCAGCCGAUGGCGCAGAUGCCCACCAACCCCACGCACAGCCCGGACCCGAGGCCUCUUCCCAGCAGCACCUCGGACCCAUUCCUCUCCAGCAAUGGGCCGUUCCACUCGCGGGAGGCGAGCGCCGACAGUGGCCUCGGCAUGGGCAACUACAGCCUCUCCCGCACGCCGGAGGAGCUGCUCAGCAGCCUGGAUGAGAUGGACACAGGUGCGGCUCCUGUCCCAUGCCCUGGCAGCCACUUUGGUGCUCCCUCCAUGGGCCAGCCGACAGCCGGGAAUCCGGCUCCGUGUGCUGUGAGCAGCCAGCAGUCCAUGGCCACUCCGUGUGCCAUGCCCUCUCAGCAGUCCAUGUCGGGACCGUGUUCCAUGUCUGCUCACCACCCAUCCAGUGGUGCCCACUCGGGCCCAGGCUUGGUCUUCCCGGACCUGCUGGAGCCCGAGUCGAUGGCGAUGGACAGCGACGAGCUGGUGGCGAGCCUGAGCGACUCCCUCGUGCCCGAGAUCCUGGGCGACGUCGAGGCCGUCCUGGGAUCGGUGGCCUCGCACGGCAACCGAGACAGCCGCAUCACCUGGCUCUGACGGUGACAUUGCGGGGAGACAGCCUCAUCACCUGGCUGUGACGGUGAGAGGAGACAGCCGCAUCACCUGGCUCUGACAGUGACAUUGCGGGGAGACAGCCUCAUCACCUGGCUGUGACGGUGAGAGGAGACAGCCUCAUCACCUGGCGGUGACGGUGAGGGGAGACAGCCUCAUCACCUGGCUGUGACGGUGAGAGGAGACAGCCUCAUCACCUGGCUGUGACGGUGAGAGCAGACAGCCUCAUCACCUGGCUGUGACAGUGAGAGGAGACAGCCUCAUCACCUGGCUGUGACGGUAGGAGGAGACAGCCUCAUCACCUGGCUGUGACGGUAGGAGGAGACAGCCUCAUCACCUGGCUGUGUCGGUGAGAGCAGACAGCCUCAUCACCUGGCUGUGACGGUGACGGUGCUAGGAGAUGCAAACCGCCAAGCGACGGUGAUAACAAAAACAAACAGCCCUACCUUGUGGUUAUUUGGGGGGAGGGGGGGGUUUGCGGCCUUCCAGAAGAUAAAGAUGAAGAACCCUGCUCCAAACCAACAACAACAGCAACCUACAUUGGUGGGGGCAACACACGCGUGUGUGUGUGUGGGUACAAGUGGUAAACAAAAAAGGAUUCUGGAUGUUGAUUCGAUUCUGAGGCAUGUGCGUGCCAGGUCUGAAAGUGACUGCAGACCUUUCGCAAAUGGAAUUGAAAUGUCGUUUUUUCUUUGUCAACCACCGUUAACCGAUUUGCAUGAAUUGCUUUUGACGGGGACUUCAUAAGCCACCCUCUGUAAACGAAACGAAUAGCAAAGGGACAACCAGCCGGGACUUUUUUUAUUUGUCCUCUACGUGUUCAGGCAGUAAGUAAACAUGAAUAGAUUCUUACGCUCACGAAGCAUGCACAAAACAAUGCUCUUGGGUGCACAUUAUUCCCAUUUUAUAAAAAUUAUAUGGCAAACGUUGCCUGCUACUGAAUCGCCCGGAAUUCGUUUAGCCUCAUGGCCGAACGCAAGAUAAGCAAGCGGUGGGCCUGGAUGAUGCUCGGAUGGGUGACCACCACGCAUCAAACAUGUGUUGCGAGCAGGUGACACUGCAGCAACAAUAUAUCGUUGUGGUGUUCUUCUAUGCCACUCUGUCUAUGCUCCCAGCCCUCCGGCCAGCACGAUGUAAGGUCAAAUAACUCCCACGACCUCCACGGCAUGGGGAGACCAUGCACACGGACGCACGGCACUUGCUAAUGCCACCUUUAGGCUGAUGGGGCGAGCAAGGGUGUUGUGAAGAGAACGAGGGCAGAACGAAGGGGAAGCGGUACGAACGAGGCAGUGUAAA